CACCCCCUCCGCCCACCCCCACUUUGUUGUUGAGUUGUUUCGGUGCGAAGUGUGCUGUUCCGCCCUAGUGCAAAGCGUGUUGUGUAAAACUUUGUUUAUUUUUUGUGACACGAGGUGAUACCGGAUGAGAUCGGAUUGUUUAACGCACGUUUCGGAGUUUCCUGUCCUCGCGUGCCAGCCGGGGAGCUGUCGCUGAGUAAGCAGGUUAUGCUUGAUCAUCAUGGGGAAGAAGCGAGGUGCGACGACCAGGGCCUCGAGGGCCCCCAAGCGGCCGGUGCGCGCGCGCCCCCCUGCUCGCGGCGCCCGCGGCGCCCGGGGCGCGCCUAAGCAGCGCCGCCACUCUCCCGUGCUGCCUCCGCGGCGCCGCUCACCAUCCGGGCCGAGGACGCCGUCGCGCUCGCCAGCGCCGCCCAGGUCGCCGUCGCCGCCGCGGCGCCGAGUCCCCGUGGGCCCGCGGACGCCGCCGGGCACGCCGCCGAAGACGCCGCCGCCGACGUCGUCGCCACCGAGGACGCCUUCGCCGUCGCGAGCCAGCCGGCGCGACGCCGAGCGGAGGGGCAGCCGUCGGCGCCAGCGCUCGAGGUCCCCGAACAGGAGUCGGAGCAGGAGCCACCACCGCGACAUCCAUCUCCACCAGGACGCGGCCGGCCGCGACAAGAGUCGAGAGCGCCUCGGGGAAGACGUCGGCGCCUGCGAUGUAAAUGACCGUCUGCGCCCCAACCCACCCCUGGUCGCGGUGCACCUCCCAACCUCGUCGUCCGCCCAAACCUCUUCGUCCACCUCUACCUUGGCGUCCACCUCUACCUUGGCGUCUACUUCUACCUUGGCGUCUACUUCUACCUUGGCGUCUACCUCUAUAUUGGCGUCUACCUCUACCUUGGCGUCUACCUCUACCUUGGCGUCUACCUCUACCUUGGCGUCUACCUCUACCUUGGCGUCUACCUCUACCUUGGCAUCUAUCUCUACAUCGGCGCCCGCUCCUACAUUGGCGCCCACGUCGGCGCCCGCCCCCGCCCCUGCCCCGGAGACGGACGCCUGCUUCGCGUGGCCCCCGCCACCCCCCGUCGGCGGCCUGCAGCUGGGCGGUGCUCCCCCUGGACCCGGGGCGCAGCGGGACGAGAUGGACCUUUGGGAGCCCAGGACGACCCACUACUCGCGGGAGCGGUACCGCCCCCGGGGCCCGGACCCGUCGGGGUACUCCUACCCCCCGCCCGGGUACCCUGCGCUGCCGCCGCCGCCGCCCCGGGCGCUCAUGGCCGCGCCUGUGCAGCCGCCCCUGCUCACCUCGCCAGGGUAUUCGGGACACGGCGUCCCGUGGUCCCCGCCCCAGCAGCACUACCCACCGGCUCACCACUACCGGCAGGACCCCGGCUACCCCCUCCACCCCCCGGAGCCCGCCUACCGCGGGUACCAGACAGACUACCCUCGACCGGGGCCGUCGAGGUACUACCCCGAGCCGACCCCAGAGUACCACCUCGACAGACGCCCGUACUCUCAGUUUCCGCAGAACCAUCUGCGGGACCAUGCUGAGGCUCGCCUCCGUCGUGACCCCCUGCCCUACCCCCUAGCCCCCUACUAUGAAGCUCCCCGACACCCCCGUGACGCCAGCCGCGGGCCGCCGACCCGGGAGGCGUGGCUCUACCCCGAGGAACUCGCCGAGAGACACGGGCGCCCCGCCGAGCACCUGCAGGCCGACCCGGGACCACGCCACGCGCCGCCCCUCCCCAAGCAACGAAAGGCGAAGCGCCCGAAGGCUCAGCAGAAGGCCAAGGGGCAGCUCCCGCCGCCCGGCGCCCUGGCCCAGCCGCCCUGGGUCCCCGACCACUACAACAUACCCGGGAACCCCCGCGUCUCCCGCCCGGGACACGAGCCCGCCUUCGACGAGGUGCCCUGUCACGUGGCCAACUUCCAGGCUGGGCCUCGCCGUCGGCCAUCCCCACGACCGCACCUCGAGGACUUCACCGAGGACGUCGAGUGCGUGCGCGGGCAGGGCUCGUUCCAGGACUAUGACGAGGAGCCCGUCCAGCGCCAAGCAACCGGCCUCAAGUCACCGCUGGGCUGCGUCCUGGUGCGGGGAGGGUCGGGCACCUCCUACGAGAGGCACAGCCUCGUGCUGAAGCCGACCGGCAUGCAGCAAGCCGAGGGCCACGAGCGCGAGCCCGACCUCCGGGUAGCGCUGUCGCGGAACAGGCCCGGCGAAGUCCACGACCGUCGCGAAGCGCUCCCGCUGGGCGUCAAACACGAGCCCGACCUUCGCGAAGCCCUGUCACGGAACAAGCCCGGGGAAGUCCACGACCGCCGCGACGCUCUGCCGCGGAACAAGCUAGAAGUCCACGAACGGCGCGAAGCCCUGCCGCGGAACAAGCCCAGCGAAGUACACGACCGCCGCGAAGCGCUCUUCCUGGGCGCCAAGCAAGAGCCCGACCUGCGGGAAUCCCUGUCGCGGAACAAGCCUGGCGAAGUCCACAACCUACGUGGCGAAGCGCUCUCACUCGGCGUCAAGCAAGAGCCCGACCUGCGGGAAGCUCUGUCGCGGAACAAGCCCGUCGAAGUCCACGAGCGCCGCGAAGCGCUGACGCUGGGCACCAAGCAAGAGCCCGACCUGCGGGAAGCGUUGUCGCGGAACAAGCCCGGGGAAGUCCAUGACCUUCGGGAGGCACUCUCGCUUAAAGCCGCGGGCGAGGCCCACCAGCAUGACCUACGCGAAGCGCUUAGCCUGAAGCAGACCCUCGCCCGCAAGCCGGGUGACCUUGACCUCCGCGAAUCUCUUUCGCGGAAACACGCUGCUGACGUCGACCUGCGGAUUUCGCUUCGCACACCUUGCGAAGGCCCUGAUCUCCGGGCGACGCUCAGCCGGAAGAAAGCCUUGGACGACUUGCGCAGCACUUUGGAUAAGAAACGAUCCCCAGUGAAGCUGCCACCAGUAGUCGUCCCCGACGGCGAGUCCUCGCAAGAAGACCAGCCGCCGACCCCUCCUCCAUCGCCCGACCUGGCGGCCGCCCCCGCGCCCUCAACUGCACCUCCACCCGCGCCCGCCACCGCGCCCUCGCCGGCCACCGCGCCCUCGCCGGCCACCGCGCCCUCGCCCGCCACCGCGCCCUCGCCGGCCACCGCGCCCUCGCCGCGCACCCCCUCUGGUACACCCCCGUCCACGACGGAGACGUCUGGGCAGUCCGCGUCCUCCGGGCCCACUCACCGAACACCCCCGCAUACGCCUCAGAACAGCCCGGCAUGCGUCGCAGAAGGGACGCCGGAACACUGUGUGUCACCAAACGAGGCUGGAGAAGCCCAUGAGGACCCUGGCUUGCUUCUCACGCUUGCAAGUGAGCUGAAGGAGAUACUCGAAGACUAUGAGAUGGUGGAAGGAGCAAACCUAAAUGACCCCCCCGACAUUUCAUCAGGGCAAAAUUCAUGUCCUACAUUGGUAAAGUCGCCAGUUAACUUUGACCUCUUUCCCUUUAGGAAAAGAGCGAGUGACUUUUUUAAUGAGAUGGUAGUUAGUACGGAGGAGCUGAAAGCAACUCCCACCCCUCCACCCAGCCCGUCACAUACAGGUAAUUAUGACUAUAAUCGUUCCACAGAAUGGGUUCGACAGGUGGAUAAUUUUCUUGCUGCAUUGAGAUACGAGGUAGAGUCAUCAGAAAAUGAACUAGCUGACCUAGUAGAAGCCCCUGCUAAUACAAUUUCUGAUAUUAAACAACGGCUACGGAAGAGAAGUGCUGUAGUGUCAUACUCUUUAGUCAAACGAAAGAAGAGGCUCAAUUCCAAGAAAGACGUUGUCCCUAAGAAAACUAAAAAAGUUGUACCUCAAGCAAAGCGAUGUUUGGUCAUGAAAACUGAGAAAGCAUCAAGCAGCUCAGAAGAUGACUUGCCACUUAUGGAAAGGCUAAAAAAAAAGCAGUCCGUUCAAUUAAGUAGUUAGACAAAUAUGUAGUCUAAAACUUGUUUUUCUGUUUAAUUUCUAUUUCUACAAGUUGUGUUUUAGUUAUUGUAUUAAUUAAUUUUUAUUACCUCAAAAUAUUUGAAUUGAAUUUAUUAGUUAUGUUGUAUGUAUCUAAAAUAUGUUAUUUUAGUGCCAAUACAUUUUUUGUUUUAACUUUAGUAUUAAAGUGUCGUUGGAUUAUAUUGAUCCAAUAAUCAUGUUUGAAAAAAUAAGAAGCCAUACCAUCUGAAAUGCUUUUUCACCAUCUGUGUAGUGGAAAACGAAGAGAAAAUGAUCAUCUGUAUGAUGUCAGCUGUUAAUAAAAAGAAUUUCAAUGAGGAAA